AUAUAAACUAGUCUGAAGUACUUACUAUUUACUAGUUAGUAGUUACUACUUUACUAUAUUCUGUAUUUUGUAUUAUUGAAGUAUUGGACAGUGUACAACUUAACUGUGUGUCGCAAACUGCAAAAUAACGUUUUGUUCAAAAUUCUAAGACCGAAAUCUUCCAACGGGAUAAAAUGAUGAUGUCCUGACUCUUGAAAGCGUUCAUUCGGAAAUCCGCAGUCAUGAUCUACGUUCGUCGAUCGAACAAGUUAUACAGUACUGUUGUGGGUAGCAGCAGCCUAAAGCAAACUUCCAGCAGCACUAGCCGAUUUUCGUUUCCUGAACGUUUCCGUGGUACGAUUGUUGAACGUUGGAAACAGUAUUGGGAAAGCGUGGCAAAAGAUUAUUAUGAAUCGACAGUGGGCAUUGGAACAUAUGCUAAAGCGAAUCCGAUAAAAAGCUUGUUGGUGACAGUAACUACUAGUUGUGCGUAUUAUUGCGCAACAACCAACCCCGACGAACGCAGUUACAGGUCUGAAAUCAUUGAUUGCUCCAACAAUAUGCUGUAUAUUUCACCUUCUGUGAGGAACCCAUCUGCUGUCCAACAUUUAGAAUAUAUAGAAAAAUGUUAUAAUGUGGGCGUUGUGAAAAGACUGAAUUUACUUUUGUUUUCAGUCAUUUGGAUUGAUGAGUUUAAUGAUGAUAUACAGGCGUACAAAGCAAACUGUAAAUAUUUAAAGCCUUCAAUAUUGUCAGUACAUAAGCGUGCUAUAGACAUAGGAUUUUUAAAUGUCUGGUGGGGCCUUAAAAAAAUAAUGGUCGAUUACGAUGUGAACCCCGAAGAAUGGAAAGAUUACAAAGAACUAGAGUAAUCUUACCUAUUUUGCUUGUUGUACAAUUUGUUUAGUUUCGUUUUGGUAAAAAAAUAAAUUAAUCUUUAUUAAAA